AUGUCCUGUCAGCAGAGCCAGCAACAGUGCCAGCCCCCUCCCAAAUGCAAGACCCCAAAGGGCCCUCCGACCUCUUCCUGCUGUAGCCUGGGUUCUGGGGGCUGCUGCGGUUCCAGCUCCGGGGGCUGCUGCAGCUCUGGAUGUGGCAGCUGCUGUCUGAGCCACCACAAGCCCCGAUUCUCUCUCCGACGCAGACGUCACAGCUCUGGAUGCUGUAGCAGCGGUGGCAGCAGUUGCUGUGGCAGCAGCGGUGGCAGCAGUUGCUGUGGCAGCAGCGGUGGCAGCAGUUGCUGUGGCAGCAGCGGUGGCGGCAGCAGCGGUGGCAGCAGUUGCUGUGGCAGCAGUGGUGGCAGCAGCAGCCAUAGCAGCAGCUGCUGUGGUAGCAGCGGGGGCAGCAGUGGCGGCAGCAGCGGUGGCAGCAGCUGCUGUGGUAGCAGCGGGGGCAGCAGUGGCGGCAGCAGCGGUGGCAGCAACAGCCAUCAGCAGUCUGGGGGCUCUAGCUGCUGCUCUGGAGGUUGCUGCUGA